AUGAAGUGGCAGUUGUCGACUUCACCCAGGACGAGGACGCCUUCGACAGCGGCUUCAUGUUCGGCACGUGUUCCCGCAUCCAACUUCGCCGCGAGCUCCACCGGGGUAGGACUGCUGGUAGACACGGGAGCAUCGGAGACCAUGUUUGACGAUCGCCUCAUCCCCGACGGAAACCUUCAAGAUUACACCCAGCGAAACUCUCCAAAGAUCGUGGACGUGGCCGGAGAAAGCCAACUCAAAGGCACGGCCACGGGCGUCCUAAACUGCACCGUCAAGGACAAUCAAGGACAGCAAUUGCGUGUACGGAUUCAGGGACUCAUCGUUCCGGGACUUGGUCGCAACAGUUUUUCGCCCACCUCCCUCCUGAAAAAGGGAUUGCGCUGCGUCGUCGAAGAGAGCACUCCGCACCUCGCUAUCCAAGGCAAAGUGAUUCCACUCACACAAGAUCCGCGAGACCAAGGCAUGUGCACCCUCGACAUCACGUUCGAGCAGAACGUCCAGCCAUCUGGCACGACAUCCGUCUUGCCCCACCAGAAGCAGUCACAGACCCACACGGCGAACGCCGUCUGCUUUACGCUUGUGAGUGCGGACACCUGGCACAGGAGGCUUGGACAUCUCAAUGCUCGGAGCCUGGACAUCCUUCGGAAGGACACGGGUACCGGGAUGGACAAUCGCGACAGUCUCUCCCCUUGCGGGGUCUGCCAGAUCACGAAACACAAGCAGUCCCCCCACCAAAAGCAAUCGACUCGCGAACUAUCACGGCCUGGACAGGUUGUGGUCAUCGACAACAUGGAGCCUGGUAAUCCACCUGCGAAAUACGAAGGAGCCUCCUUCCCGUACGCGUGCAAGAUCACCGACGACGACACGAAAAUGAAAGAAGUGUACCUGCUUCGCAAGAAAUCUGACACGA